UUGCUAUCUGACGCGCACCGGCUAUUGACCUCCGACGGCCGGGAUUCCUCCACGUGGCACCAAUGGAAGGUCACCGUGCUUCACAGCGAUUCGCCGAUGCCUUCCCUCUCCGGCCUUCCCUCAUCUCCACUUCCUCCCCCACCUCUACUCUCCAGAGAAGAAGCAAAGUUUCAGAGGAGAAGAGAGUAACAUAUGCCAACUUCUACCCCAGAUGAGUAUCAGUCCCGAUUUCUAAAGCUGUGUUUUGUAAUCAUUUCUCGGUGCUAAAUUUAUGUUUAUAGUCAUUUAGUUCAUGUAAAAAUACCAUUGUUGUAGGGAAACAGAUUAGUUCUAUGUCACCAUAAUCCUAUUUCCUGCAUUAGAAUCAUUGGAGAUGGAAUUUUUCCACCCAAAGUGCCAUCUUUUAGAGGACCCCAUGCUUCGAUUUGCUUUCGAAUCCCGAAAGAUGGCACCUUUUUUAUUAUGAUCCCUCGUUUUCUACUAUAUUGGCCGGCCAGUUCUCGUUCUUGUACCUGAUGGAUAGCACCCAGGGGGGCAGCAACCACCUCCCUGCUGGCCCAGAGCAUUCUCUUGUGGCGGCACCAAGGGGCCAAGACAAGGGGAAGAGGGACGAUUGGAGUGAGAGUGGUGUCUUGUGUUUACUAGAGGCCUAUGAGUCAAGGUGGAUCCUUCGGAACCGGGCGAAGCUGAAAGGGAGUGACUGGGAGGACAUAGCACGCCAAGUGUCUGUUAGGUGCUUGGGAACGAAGGCGCUCAAGACCCCCGCUCAGUGCAAGAAUAAGAUUGAGUCAAUGAAGAAAAGGUACCGGGCAGAGUCGGCCGCUGCUCAUGAAUCAAAAUCAUGCUCUUCAUGGCAGUUCUAUGCCCGUAUGGAUGGCUUGCUGAAGGGGACCCCGGAUUGCGUGGCUCAGCCCAAAUCCAAUCAUAAUAUCAAUCUCCAAGCUUUGCCAAAGGUGGCGGCAGAGGCCGAAGUCGAGGGGUGCUUGAAGGAUAGCAACCAAGAUGAUGCGUUGAACACAUUGCCAGUUGAUGCUAACGCUGUCAAUAAGGACAACAAUGAUAAGAAAGAGAGUAAGGGUGAUAGUGAUGUGAGUGCCCCAAGAAACAAGGUGGCGAACACCAAGGAUGAGACAGGGAAGGCUCGUAAUCCAUCCAAGAGGAGGAAGGGAUCAGGAGAUGAGGUGGCGGAUAGCAUUAGGUUAAUUGCUCAAUCAGUUUUGAAAAUUGAGCAGGCAAGGAUAGAGAUGUACAAGGAUUCUGAAAGGAUGAGAGUGGAGGCAGAGAUUAAGCGUGGGGAAAUGGAACUUAGGAGGACAGAAAUUAUAGCAAAAACCCAGCUGCAGAUUGCGAAGCUUUUCGCAAAGAAGUCACGUGGGAGAAGCAAUAAGAGUGAGGGCUCAUCUUUAGCAACUGAAAUCGAUAUGCUACCAAGGAGAGAUGGAACGGGUGAUUAGCUGCAUGAUGUGGAUUAUGUUCAAAGCAAUGGUUCAUGCCAUGUUGUUCCCUCAAGCGAUAAUAUCCACUGAUUCAAUCUCCAAAAUUUGUAUGCUGUAUAUACCAGUGUAUCAAUCAGUGUGUACUAUCUAUAAUUCCAAAACUCGGAGAGAAUUUGCUUCCCCUCAAAAGGGAUCUCAGUUGCAGCAAUGGGUUGAAUAAUUAAUAAAAUGAUGGCUAACCUGCAAUUGCUGAGAACUGUUUUUGGCUCUCAAAAAAUGUAGGUACUUGGGGUUCACAUCUGCGGCCACUUAUUGUUGUACAAUUUUAUGUAUCUUGGGAAAACAAUGGCAGGUGCAUGUUCACUUGGAUUGGUGAUGUCCCUUUAUUUAAUAUUGAUUAACUGUUACUGUC